CUUCACAUAACUUACUAUAUAACAUAAUCACUAAACUGAACCAAAAAAACAAUACAAAUGGCAAACAUAGGCCGCUUUAUCGACAGAAAUCCCGAACUGCGGGCUGCAGGACUCACAUCACUUCCUGAUCCUGCGAACAACUACGGCACCAAGGAGUGCCUACCAAUGAACCACAUAGAAGAAGAGGCGGAGAAUCGUAUAAGGGCACUUUGCCGGAGGAACAUACCCAAACCUUAUGGCAAGCGAACACCCAAGCUACCCAAUAAUAGGAUCGAAGAAAUUUUUGGCAAAAAUGGCAAGGGACUCUUCGCCGAGUUCCAGGAGAAGUUUCGCGAGAAUAUGUUCUUUAAGAAACCUGCUUUGGGUGAGGCCAAGGGGGCCAAUUCCAAGCCGGACUCUGUGACCAAUUUAAGCCGAACUUUUGGCAAAGCAUCCAAUGCCGAAGAUUCUCUAUACUGCCUGGUUAUGCCGCCAAAAUCACCCAAUCAGGUCAAUCGCGAAUAUGCCUACUUUCACAAUCAACACAUCACCAGCCACAAUCACUACUUUCCUUCGGAGCAGAUUAAUAGAAGAUAUUCAAAGCAUUUCAAUCGGCAAAAUACUUUCGGUUUACCGGCUUGUGCCGAACACAGUGGCAUUAGGGUAAAACGCUGCUUGGAAGAAGGCGAGGAGCACCUGAUGAUAGUCAAAAAGCCCCAGAAGGACUUGGAUGAUCGCACCAAAGCGCCAUUGGGUAAAAAGUACAUUUGGUACCCUUACCAGAUCCCGGAAGACAUGACCUUUGGCAAAGUGAAGCCCCAUGAUAUGGACAUGCAGUCGCUGCUGGAAAAUACCUCGCCCAGCGUCUUAUGCCAAAAGUUGGCCAGUGCCAUUAGUCACCUCAAUAUGAUACGGAAAUUGCUUCAGGAACGCGACGAUUUCAAUAUGAACCAAUUAAUACAGGCGCUGGCAAAAAGGGAUAAAGAAAGCACAAAGAUGCUUCCAUUGCCAGAGAUAAUCCUUGUGAUGCGGAAGAUGAAUAUUCCCGCGGAUGCGGAGAAAAUUCGCACCGCCGUUUCACACUAUAAGUUAAUCGUAGAUGAGGGCUGCUCCUCGGAACGAGUUAAAUACGAGGAUUUGUGCCAACUCCUCUCAAUAUUGAAGUCCUUGCCAAUGGUUGGAGCCCUAUCACCAGUGCCACAUAUUGUUUAUAAUCAGGAUACAGCAUAUCGCGAGCUGUGUGCCGAUCUGAAGAAGAAACCUGCCGAAGGUCGAGUCCUUCGACAUCCUAACCAAACACCCAUUCAGCAGGACUUACUCAAUACCCAUGUCAAGGACCUUAUGAAUCCCGAUCUGCCAACUGUACGUGGCGUCUGGCCAAGUGACUUCAAAAUGUUACGCAGCAAGGACGAAAUGGAACGAAUAUUUAAGGACAUUGUCUCCAAAGAUGACUUCGAAUCGAUUUGGCGAAGUCUGAUGAAAGAUCAAGGAGAUCAAGGAGAUCAAGUUGAUAUGGCAUCCGUUGCUCAAUUUCGUGCUGAGAUGAAGAAGGGAAUUUAACCUGGAGUUGAGCUUUAUAAGAAUGGCAAAAAUAUUUCCUAUUCUCAGUAAAAUAUUCUCAAAUAUUUUAAAUAAAAAUUAUACUCCUGUUUUAAAGUGUCUUACAAAAGAAAAAA